GUCAAGAUUCCUCCUUCUCAAUGUGGGACUUUCCAGAAGGAGACCACAGCUGCUUCUGUGCAUCUGCCUUGGCCUUGGGAUGUUCUGGAGUUGGGUUGUCAAGGGAGUUUGCCUGCCUGUCUGGAGGAAGAAGAUGGCCAUGUGGUCCCUCUGGCGCCUGCUUCUCUGGGAAGCACUACUUCUUAUUGAAGUUAUUUGUGCUCAAGUGCUGAGCAAGGUGGGGGGCUCUGUGCUGCUGGUGGUAAAGCACCCGCCUGAUUUUCAAGUCCGUGAGGCCAUCUGGCGCUCUCUGGGGCCCUCGGAGGAGCUCCUGGCCACGUUCUUCAGGGGCUCCCUGGAGACUCUGUACCACUCUCGCUUCUUGGGCCGAGCUCAGCUACACAGUAACCUCAGCCUGGAACUUGGGCCCCUGGAGUCUGGAGACAGCGGCAACUUCUCCGUGCUGAUGGUGGACACAGGAGGCCGGGCCUGGACACAGACCCUGCAGCUCAAGGUGUAUGAUGCAGUACCAAGGCCCACAGUUCAAGUGUUCGUUGCUGUAACAGGGGAUGCUCGGCCCUCCAACACCUGCCAGGUCUUCCUGUCCUGCUUGGGCCCCAACAUCAGUGACAUUACCUAUAGCUGGCGACGAGAGGGGACACUGGGCCUCGAUGUUGAGCCACAUCGCCUCUUUACAGAGGGACAGGUGCUAAGUAUUUCAAUGGGACUGAGAGACAAGGAUGUGGCUUAUUCCUGUAUUGUCUCCAACCCUGUCAGCUGGGAUGUGGCCACAGUCACCCCUUGGAAGAGCUGCAACCAUGAGGCAGCAUCAGGGAAGACCUCCUACAAGGAUGUGCUCCUGGUUGUGGUGCCAGUCUCACUGCUCCUGGUCCUGGUUGGUCUCUUCUCAGCAUGGCACUGUGGCCCCUGCUCAGGGAAAAGGAAGAAGGAUGUCUGCACUGAUGGAGUAGCUCUGGAGACAGAGAGCCCAGUUGUGUAACGUGUGCCAUGAAGGACACUGGGAGCUGAGACUUGGAUCAUGAAGAGCCUCCUUGCCCCGACACUUGAUGCUCUGGGACAUGGCUAGUGCCUGGAAACCUCCAGUCCUGCCUCUCAGGAAAAUCUGGGCAGCCAACACAUGGAGAGGACAGAGGGCACCUGAGCUAACUUCGUCAGCCCUCCCUUGGCUCUCCUCGGGACAACAUGGGAUAAUAAAAUGUUCCUUGAAGAAUACCAGAGGUUCUCCAGGAUCCACAGAAGAUUUGAGCACUAUUUGCUCCUCCAUAAUACAUAAAAGGAUAGCCCAACUGGCACCGAAUAAUGGCCUCCAACCUGAGUCCUAGUCUCUAAACAACAUCAGAUGAUUGAACUACAGGGAAAGUAAAUCACCCACUGCGGGCUGAUCUAAAGUACAGUCAUGAGGCAAGGCCUAGAAUAGAUAAAGGUCAGAGGUGGCAGACAGGGCUUUAUCUUUUGGACCUGAAGGACUUUGAGGUUAUUGGAGUUCAUGGCCUCUCAAAGGUAAAUGGUAGUUACAGAUGACCCAGAAUGAUUGACAUCCCAUGGUUGGAAUAGAAGCCAUUUUCCUGGUGAUACUUCCUGUAUAGACAUCCUUGCCAUUUCCAUUGACCUUGACACCUGCAUGAGCUGGGGAUGGUGUUGGUGGUUUUCUCUUUACUCAAAGCAUGCAUGGUGACCUGAAAGAGAUGACUACCAACAAGAAGCUCUUGCAUAUCUUCAAGAAAAGCAUCUGAGUUCCAGGCAAACCUUUCUUUUUUAUUUUUUAACUUUUUGCCUGAGACUGGGAGAGGAAGCCACUACAAAAGAGGAAAAUAUGAAAGGGAAGGGUGCCCAGGCAUUUGAAAAUCUGCCACAUUCAUUUUUAGAUGCAAGUGCAGAAGAUCCAACCAAGUGUAAGAAGGAGACAAGACCCCAUCACUCAAAAGGAUUAUCAAGGUCACUUUGACUUAUGGGAUGGAAGAGACUAUUGUGACCAUCUUUAGAAAAGUCAUUCUGCCACUGACUGAUUCUGUG